AUGCCUCCAAAACGUCGACUCCUCAUUCCGACGCAUUCUUGUGCUGAAGAAGAAGAAGAAGGCUGUUGUUCCUCCGCAUCGUCGAUGAUGAGCAUUCCGAUCGGUCGACAACUCAAUCCUCACAUUAUUGCAUGUUUGGAGGAUGAAUUAAAAAGAUGUGGACAACCUUCAGCGUCUAAUCAUUAUUAUCGUACCCUUCGGAAUGCCAUCACUGCUAUUGAAAAGCAUCCAAAAAAGAUUAACAAUGGAACUGAAGCGAAGGCUUUGAAGGGCAUUGGAGAUAAAACUGCUUUUAAAAUUGAUAAAUAUUUAAAGGACAAUAAUAUUGAUCUAGGAGUAUCUUCAUCAGUGGAAGAUAUUUCAAAUCAACAAGAUAAUACUGUUCAUCAUGAUAUUUCUGAUACCAAUAACGAAUUCAAUUUUCAAACAGGAAAGAAAAAAAGAAAAUACAUUCCAAAAUUUAAAUCUACUGCUUGGUCAAUAAUGAUAUCUAUUUAUAGACUUUGUAAAGAACAUACUUGUGAAACAGUCACAAAGCAACAAAUAAUUGAAUCGUGUAGAAAACUAUCAGAUACACCAAUGGAUAAGAGUACUAAUGGAUCUAACUAUACAGGAUGGAGUUCAAUGAAAACUCUCUUAGAUCAUGGAUAUGUUUCUUCUCAGAAAAAAGGAAAUUAUUCUCUUACAAAUAAUGGAAGAAGGAUAGCAAGAAGACUUCACAUUGCAGAAAAAGAUUUGACUGAAAAGUCAUUUACAUGGAAUGAAUCUGAAGAUGAGUUUAAUAGUUCUUCAUCUCAGGACGAAAGACCACAAACAAAAUCGAAGAAUAAUGCACUUACAUCAAAAAACAUAACAAAACAUUCGGAAAUGACAACAAGUAACACCAAUACAUCACAAAUUGAAUUGUAUUCAUCUAUAGAAUUUGAUCCUGAUCUAGAUAUGGAAUUGUUUCCAUCAAAUAAGAAGAUUCAAAAUAAUGUAAAUAUCAUUCCAAACUCGACUGGCACAUUAAGAGAUCAUUCUGAGAUUUCAACAACGACCAACCUCAUUUCAUCAUCUUUCUCGACUCCAGUUUUCAUUGUUGAUGACCAUGAUGAUAUCGAAUCGUGUAAAAUCGAUUUUUCUAGUUUUGGAAUUCAGGCGUUUUAUGUCGAUGAUCAUCUCAAAGAAACAAUGACAUUGAAUAAGGCUAAAAUGAGUAUCGAUCGAAGUAGUGGAUCACUGUGUCGAAUGGUUCGAGUUGUCCUUUCAUGUCCACAAAAUAGAUUCAUUUUAGAAAAACAAAUCUUUGAUUCACCUCCAGAAUAUCACAAUAGUGUUGUUACUCUCGAGGGUAGUAAUACAAGAAUAGUCGUAGAAAUAGCUACUGGACUUGUGAAAGAAUCUAGAUGUACUGAACAUGUGGAUGAUUUACUCCAUUCACUCAUUGUAGAUUCUUCCUCUUUAGUAUUGUUACCAAAGAAAAAGACCUUAUUAGACACACAAAGUCAUCUUCAUUCCAUGGAGAUUGCAUCUUCCUCUCAGUCAUUGAGUUGUGUACAUGAGUCUGAUUAUGAUCCAUCCUUAUAUUUAAAUAAGGCAAACAACAGUGUUACUACCACCACUUUCACCACCACUUUCAAUUCAUCACGACCAUCAAAAAAGAGAAAGAAAAUACCAGAAUCAUCAUGUUCCUUGUCAUUGUCUCAUCGACUAGAUGAUGAAGAAAAUUAUGAAGGUGAUAAUGAUACACAAGAAAUGCCACCUCCAUCCUCCUCCUCCUCACAUGUCCUCACAAUCACGAAGACAGAAAGACAUGAUGUGAAUCAAAAUACAUCAUUGAAAAGUUCAAUGAUGGAUGCUUCAAGUAGAAGUGGUGGUAGUGGUGUUAGUACUGAUAAUCAUUCAUCUGCCAUGUCAAACUCUUUGAAAGACUCUGUGGAGAAUUCGUCGACAAUGGAUGUGAUUGACUUUGAUCAUUAUGGAUCAAUCACAACAACUAUAACAACAACAACAACAACAACAGACAGUAACAACAAUACUUUGGAACGAGUAGUAGUGGCGGAAUCCAUCCAAAGACAACAACAACAUCAACAACAACUUUACAAAAUUCAUCUCAUUGCGGAUCAGAGAGAACGUACUGGUAAAAACGACUUUAAAAUGAUUUGUGAAACACUCAAAGAAAAUCAUGUCAAUGCUCUCAUUCAUCAAUUAUCUCUUGGAGAUAUGAUUUGGAUUGCCACAAAAUGUAGCAAUGACAAUUCAGAGAGUCAUGUCCUUAAUUUUAUUGUUGAAAGAAAGGAAAUUAAUGAUUUAUCAGCAAGUUUGAUCGAUGGAAGAUUUGAGGAACAAAAAUUUAGACUCCAACACACCCAUUGUUCAAAUAUUAUUUAUUUAAUUGAAAAGGAAUCAAAUGUUCAACCUCAAAUAGAAAGUACUAUUCUCAAACUCAUUCAAGAAGGAAUUCAAGUGAAACAUACCGUAUCAUUAGAAGCAUCCAUUCAAUUUCUUGUACAAAUGAAUGAAAUGAUUAUUCAAUUGGUGGAAGAGAAUGGAAUUGAACCCUACAAAUUGAGAGUACCCUACUAUUGGAAUGAUGAUGAUGAAUUUAGUUCGAAUAUGAUGAUGAUGACGGUCAUGAAUUCAUCUGAAACAUCACCACCACCACCACCACCACUCCUGACCAUCACCACUCAUUGUUGUGGUGAUGAUACUAUUGGUGAUAGGAGUGAUGAUACUAUUGGUGGUGAUAGGAGUGAUGAUACUAGUGGUGGUGAUCGUGUGAGUGCCACCACUGCUUUGUCUCCGUUAGGAUUUCUUCAUAGCAAGUAUACCAACAACAAGUAUGACCGUUCAACACCACAACGAGGUCAAUCAGCACCACUGCAACUGUUUGAAUCGUCAAGUCAUAGUUCCCUAUCAAAUAAUAUUCCAGUAAGAACAACAACAACAAGCUCAACAAACAUUGCAGCAUCUUGUACAGUUGGUGGUAGUACUGGUGGUGGUGGUGGUGUCAAUAGUCAAAGUCGUCUGAGCAGUCCUGGUAGUAGUAGUAAUAGUAGGACGAGUGGUGGUGCUCUCGGUGGUGAUAUUGGUAUGGGUGGUGGUGAUAUUCAUUUAAAUCCAAACUACUACUACUACUCUUCAUACCAUGAUCAUCACCAUCAUCACCACCACUUUGAAUGUUUCAAUCCAACACUUGAAGAAUACAAUGCCACAUUCCAAAAGACAAGUUUUCGAGUGAAUAAGAAAGUUAUUUUUGCUCGACAACUCGCGAGUAGUGUUCCAGGGUGUUCUCCUCGAAUUGCCUCUUCAAUUAUUCUCCACUAUCCAACACCUUCCUCACUUGAACAUGCAUUUAAAAAACAUGGAGAGAAUGCUCUUCAACAUGUACCUAUUGUGACUGACAAUGCUACUCAAGUACCCACACGAAAAGUAGGUCGUGCACUCUCAAAGAAACUCUAUGAAUUGUUUAAAAAGUAG